AUGUUCCUGCUAGCCAUUCUUAUUACGACAUCCUGGAAGGAUGGGACUCGGCUGGAAGCCCUGAACCAGCACUUUCUCAAGGCGCUGAGCAUCAAGCUGAUUCAGAACGGAGACAGGGAACUGGACCUGCUGUGCGGGUUGCUGGUGUAUCUCAAUUGGAUCCACCUGCACAUGGCACCCAAAACUCAUCAGGCGUACAGACUCACGGCCAUCGCUAUUUCUAUGGCUGUUGACUAUGGUAUCACGCGUCGGCCUGGCAAAGGCAGACAUCAACAGCUGAACGUAGAGACCUUUAAUGAUUUGCCGCGAGGUCUGAAUGUCGUUGACACGGAGUUCUGGGGGCUUGAGGCCCAGCGAGCGUACCUCGGCUGCUACCACAUUGCAACAUGGUACUCUAUCAUCACACGCAAGACGAUCCCGUUGGCCUAUACCGAGUAUCUGCACUUGUGUGCACAGUCGCUGGCUGCUACGCAGGAAGUCCCAACGGACUCGGACCUCAUCUUCCAUCUUGAGCUCACUCGCGAGGCCGAGAAAGUGUACACGCUCUUCAACUACACCGAGACCAGCCAAGCACAAUGCAUGAACGAUGAGCAGAUUCAGAUUUACCUGAACGCGUUCUGCGCCAAGCUUCAUGAUUGGCGAUCACGCCUUCCAACGUUGCUGAAAGACGAUCCUAGUCAGAGGGUGUGGCCCUCUCUCUUUGAGGCAUUUGUACGUGAAGUGAGCUUAUCGGGCAUGUCUCGGAGCACGGAUAUGUCUGUUUUCCGCAUCCGCAUUAUCAUGGAUUCUUUAAAAAGCACAAAGGAGUUUCUCGACACCUUUUUGGCUAUCCCUCUUGCCGACUUGAUAAGUCUACCAUCCACGCAUUGGGCCCUUCUGGGGUACUCGAUUCUGCUGGCUGCUACCAUGUCUCUGUCGAUCCAGACGCCCGGCUGGAACAUCAAAAUGGCACGCUCUAUCAUCAAGCUCGACGCAUAUAUCGAUGCCUUGUCCGUUCACAUCCACGACUUGUCUUCGAGAAUACAAGUCUUGGAAACGGCCAAGGACUGGUAUAAGAGUCUUUUGACAAGAUGGGCCGCCAUCAAGAGCAGCUAUAUUGCCACUCUUCACCAAACACAACCCGAGAUGAAUACCCCGGCCGCGGCUGCAUCUUCGACCUCUGCUGCCGAGUCACAAUUGACUCAGUACCCAGCCGAACAGCGAAUGGACAUCCAGCAAGAACCCCCCCAAUCGCCAGCUCCAGCUGAUAUUCGGCAUGAAGCGCGCCCGCUGCCUAUGAGCGACAGCUUUCUCACCUCCGGUGGCGGGCUAGAGCUCUUUGACUUUACAGCGAAUGUGGGCUCAUGGAUGGUCCCUGAUUUUGACUUUCCGUGGCUCGGAGUAGCUGGCUUCUGA